CCAUCUCUACACAUGCAAUCCGAAUCAAUCAUCUUAGAACUCCUCUGUUCUUCCCAUCUCUCUCAUAACCCGUCUUUCUCUCAAUCUAUUCCAAUGAGAUUCCAACUCUCUCAUGUCUUCCUUCUCUUCUCUCACAUUUCUUUCUUCAUCUCUCCUCGCAUUGUUUCAGCUCAAUGCCACGAAGAUCAGAAAAUUGCAUUACUACAAAUCUUCUCCAAUCACUCGGCCCUCCCAUCUUGGACAUCCAACAACUCCGAUUGCUGCCUCUGGUAUGGCAUCACGUGCGACAACACCACCGGUCUCGUGAUCUCCCUCGAUGUCAGCAGCUGCUACAUCUCCGGCCGCAUCAAUUCCAGCAACCUUGCCAGCCUCUCUAGCCUCCAGAGUCUCAAUCUCUCUCACAAUUAUUUCUAUUCUCCCAUCCCACCCAAUCUAGAUUCACUCACAAAUCUCACGCAUCUCAACCUCUCCAAUGCGGGUUUUACUGGCCAAAUCCCGCCUGCGAUUGCUCACAUGCGUAAUCUGGUCUCGCUCGAUAUAUCUACCUUUUUUCUCAGCAACCCUUCUCUCAAACUAAAAGAUCCAAGCAUCGAAAAGCUCCUUCGGAACUGGUCGGGAUUGACAAAACUCCAUCUCGACGGUGUAAAAAUCUCUUCCGCAGUGCCCGAGUUCUUGUCGGAUUUUACUAAUUUGACAUCUCUCCGCCUCAGUUCUUGCAAUCUGCAGGGAGAAUUCCCUGCAAAGAUAUUUCAAUUGCCCAAGUUGGAGAUUCUCGAUGUAUCGGCCAAUCCAUUUCUCAAUGGUUCUUUCCCUGCUGAAUUGCCUCCGGAAAAUGCUUUACAAACGUUGGUACUCUCCGACACCAGAUUUUCCGGGGAGUUUCCAUAUUCCUUCGGUAAUCUCAGGCACUUGAUCAAAUUACAGAUUGGUAGUUGCGAAUUCUCUGGUCAAAUCCCGUAUUCUGUGAGGAAUACUGGGGGACUUGUUCAUUUGGACCUUUCAUCGAAUAGAUUUAACGGUUCGAUUCCGAGUCUGGAUAACCUUUCCAAUCUCACGUAUUUGGACCUUUCAAUGAACAAUUUCAGUGGCACGAUCCCGUCUCUGGAGAGUCUUACGGAGCUGGUUCUGUUGGACCUUUCAUGGAAUGCUUUCAGCGGUCCAAUUCCAUCUCUGUUUACUCUCCCAUCGCUGCGGGCAUUACACCUCAGCCAAAACCAACUCGCUGGGCAACUCGAUGAGUUCACUAAUGCUUCACGAACAUUGCAGACGGUUUAUUUGAGCAACAAUCAGCUGCAAGGUCAGAUUCCACAUUCACUCUUCAAGCUCGCGGGGCUUAAGGUACUCGAUCUCUCGUCCAACAAGUUCAAUGGCACCGUGCAGCUAGCCAUGCUCCAGAACCUCAAGAACCUCUCGCGCCUCGAUCUUUCAGAUAACUACUUGUCAGUCAACACUCAUGGGACUAAUCAUUCCUUUCCCCAGCUUGGGAGAUUGUAUUUGGGUUCUUGCAACCUAACAGAAUUCCCAGAAUUCUUGAAAAACCAAUCGAAGAUGGAGCAUCUGGACCUUUCCAACAACAACAUCUACGGAGAAAUACCCCAGUGGGUGUGGAAGAUUGGAAAUGGGCAUUUGAUUUCUCUGAAUCUUUCUCGUAAUUUGCUGAUGAGUCUCGAGCUACCUGGCAAUCUAUCAUCGAUCAAUAUGUUGUCCCUACUCGACGUUCAUUCCAAUCAACUGCGAGGAUCGAUUCCGCUUCCACCUCCAUCUAUCAUCGUCCUGGAUUACUCCUAUAACAGUUUCACAUCGGUCAUCCCGUCUAACUUCACCAACUCCCUCGAGUACACCAUUUUCUUUUCAAUAUCAGGCAACAAGAUCAGCGGUGAAAUCCCUCCAUCCAUCUGGAAUGCAAUUAAUUUGCAAGUCCUUGAUCUGUCUAAAAACAGCUUGAGCGGCUUGAUUCCAGAAUGUUUGAUUGAGAUUAGCAAUGUGCUCAGCAUACUGAAUCUUAGGAACAAUCGCUUUACGGGCAUAAUACCUGAGAUUUCAAGUGUGAACUGCAGUCUAAGGACGCUAGACCUACAUGGAAAUCGACUAGAAGGGCAGUUGCCAAGAUCAUUGGCCAAAUGUAGAGAUCUAGAGGUUCUUGACGUUGGAAACAAUCAAAUAAAUGGCCCUUUUCCUUACUAUUUGGAUACUCUAUCCAAAUUGCGGGUUCUUGUUUUGCGAUCGAACAGAUUCAAUGGUUCUAUUUUGUGGCCCCAUAAUCGGUCCUUCCCAAUGCUACGAAUUAUAGACCUCUCUGCAAACGGUUUUUCAGGUAAUAUGCCUCAGCACUUCUUCCAAAGUUUGCAUGCCAUGAUAUCCGGGAAGGAGGAUGAAGACCCAGGUCUCUACGAUCAGAUCAUCAGAUACAGAUUCCUGAAUCUAACCUCUCUGUACUACCAGGACACAGUGACGAUCACAAGCAAAGGGCUAGAUAUGGAACUCGUGAAGAUCUUGACCAUCUUUACAUCCAUAGAUCUUUCGAACAACCAUUUUGAAGGAGAGAUUCCGAAGGUAAUAGGAGAUCUCAAGUUGCUCCACAUUCUUAACUUGUCACGCAAUGGGUUUACAGGCCCAAUUCCAGCGUCGCUUGGGAAAUUGACUCAGCUUGAGUCAUUAGAUCUCUCUCAAAACAAUCUUUCAGAAGAGAUUCCUCAGCAACUGUUAAGCCUGACAUUUCUCGCAGUGUUGAAUCUCUCCUAUAACCAACUUGUCGGAAGCAUACCAUUUGCCAAUCAAUUCUCAACAUUUAACAAUGAUACCUACAUUGGAAACCCAAGAUUAUGCGGGCCACCACUGACAAGAAAAUGUGCGCUGCCACCAUCUACACCCGACAGUGUGGAUUCGCAAUCAACAGGACACGUCAAUUGGCAGCUCAUAUCAAUACAAUUGGGUUACAUUGCAGGAAUUGGAGCUGUCUAUGGACCACUUAUUUUAUGGAAGAAAUGGAGAAGGUGGUACUUCAAAAAAGUGGACAUGAUGCUGGCAUAUUUCCAUGACAGGUGCAACAUUUUCUAAGUCUUAGAGUUUUUUUUUUAUAUAUAAAUUAUGUGAGCCCUUAUUUCAAGCUAGGCAUGAAUGUACGGAGAGUGUUGUAGAUGAAUAAUCUGUAAGAAGCAAGUUGGAUAAAUGGUAAGGUAGAUGAAUAA